AUGAUUGAUGAAAAAGGCAGUGUAAGUCCAGGUGCAACCGGUGGAGCAAGAAAAUCUAAAAACAGCCAAACUCUUUAUCAUCAUCAACAUCAUCAUCAUCAUCAACUUCACCAUCAACCACGUGAUCGAAAUCCUCGGCUGACUACUACCACUACUAAUACUACUACUAUCACUACCACUACUACCUCUACUACUACUUCUACUGCUACAAGUACCUCGACUCUUAUUACAUCAACACCAUUACCCAAUGAUACCAUCAGUCAUCGUUCACGAUAUUCAAAUCAAAUUCAAAUGAAAUUAAAUCGCGCCAGUAAUAAUAAAUUAAACAAAUCAAAAUUGUCAUUUAAAACAAAAAAACACAAUAAAUCAAAACGAUCAUUAUUUUCAUCACAUUGUCAUCUUGCCAACUCGAUAAAUUCAUCAACAACUACAAGGUCACAUGAUGCUAAUAAUAAUAAUAAUUAUGAUUAUGAUUAUCAAUGUUCAAUUGGUCGAAAGAAAUUGCCGCCAAAUUUAAUUUCAAUGUAUAAACCAUUCUCUUGUACGCUGUCACAUCAAGCAGAAGAAAUGGUCGGACAGUCCGAACGACAACUGCAACAACAAGAGGCAAUUGAUUUGUCAAUGCAUAAUACUCGAUCACGAUUGAUUGGAUCAGAGACUGUUGCGUCCAAUAAACCUUUAUCCAUGAUGUUGUAUAAACCAAUCAGUACUGAUUUAUUGUCUUGUCAUUCAUCAACGGUAAAUAAAUAUACUACUGAUGCAAGUAUAUAUACUACUAACAAUACCUUAGCUAUUACUAGUACUACUACUACUACUACUCCUACUCCUACUACUACUACAAAUGUUAACAUUUUGCCACAGAGAUAUUUGAAUACAAGUUUGUCAAUGAAAGAAAUUGGAUUGAAUUUAUCGAGUUCAAUUAAUGAGAAAAUACAAAAUUAUGGUGGUUAUAUUAUUUAUUUAAAUAAUUUCACUUCUCCAGUCACUUUAUAUAAUAAAUAA